UGUUUUAAUUUUGUUUUUUUUUUUUUAUUUUUAUUUUCAUUAUCUUUCUUUUUUAGAUAAUCAGAUUCAUUCCAUACGGUUUGCCGAAGGAAUCAGAAUGUGCAAAAAUGGAAUCUAUCUGGAAAAUUUGAAUUUCUGAUAAAAGCAAAACAAAGCUUCCUUUGAAGGAGGUCCUUUGAUGCUUUUAAUGGAUUAUAUGCUGGUUUUGGUGAAGGAAAGCGUUAACUUUCCGAAGUUUUAAUGACGGCGAAAACUCUAAAAUACAUACGGCCAUGUUUCCGCCAUUUAACCCUCUCUUGCAGGAUUGCAACCUUCCUCCUUGAUCGUUGAAACUACGUCCAGCGAGGAUUCUUUUCCUCUCUUUUUUCCCGGUUAAUUUAUCAACAAACAUGGCGGAGGGAAUUUGUUGUUUCAGAUAUAUUUUGCUUUUCUGAUGGAACGACUAACAAUCCAUGUUGGCGAACUUUGUGCGGGAAAAGUUCGCUCUUUAGAUGAAGGUUUCUGGAAUCCUGUGUUUGAAUUCGGCGAACGAGGCUAGAAAAACUGAAUUUUGGUUAGCGUCCCUGUCCCACGGUUGGUUUCCGGUUUCUAUCUGAGGAAUUCUCGUUGUAAUCCGAUUUGAGGUUCUGGAAUCAUGUCAACGGAGACGCCUAGGUCCGCUGCUCGUAGCUCGCUGGAGGAAAUGCUGGAGUCCAUCCGGCAAAGGGACCAGCGGUCCAAAGAUCUACCUCCGGCAUUGCCCGUUCGUCCGACCUCCAAGGCCCGUCUCCCCGCGGCGAGAAGGGUUUUGGCUCUUAAUUUGAAGAUUGACAAAUCCGUUCCAGAGUAUUUGCCCGAUAAUAGCCAAGAGAAGGAUAACGAGAAGAAAAACAACGACCGAACAGAGAAGGAAGAGAAGAGAAGGGACGGAAUUUGUACAAAGGAAGAUAAGGAACCAAGUCUCCAUACUACCAACUUAGGGAACAAAAAUAUGAAGGCCGACCGGCCCGACCCGCCUUCCGAAUCCCCUUAUGCUACGGUGUCGCACGAAGGGGGACUGGAGGAAUCUGAUGAUUCGAAUCAUGCAGCGGCAGUGCCUUCCACCUCGCUGCCAUCAACUGGGGAAUCUAGGUGGGAGGACAACAUAGACUAUAUUGCGAAGAAGAAACUUCGGGUUUGGUGCCGUCUCUCAAAUGACCAGUGGGAGUUAGGAAAAAUUCGAUCAACUUCUGGAGAAGAUAUGUGUGUUUUGAUUUCAGAUGGCAGUGUUGUGACAGUGUCCAAAGGAAACCUCUUACCUGCUAAUCCAGAUAUCCUUAAUGGCGUAGACGACCUCAUACAGCUUAGUUACUUGAAUGAACCAUCGGUUCUUUACAAUCUUCAAUACAGAUAUGCUCAUAAUAUGGUUUAUAGUAAAGCAGGAACUGUUUUGGUUGCAAUCAAUCCCUUUAAAGAUGUCCCACUAUAUGGGAAAGAAUUAAUUUCAGCUUAUAGGGAGAAAGCUAUGGACAGCCCUCAUGUUUAUGCUAUAGCAGAUGCAGCCUUCAGUGAGAUGAUGAGAGCAGAUGAAGUAAACCAAUCCAUCAUCAUUAGUGGGGAAAGUGGAGCUGGGAAAACUGAAACAGCAAAAAUUGCAAUGCAAUACUUGGCUGCACUUGGAGGUGGCAGUGGAAUUGAGUAUGAAGUCCUUAAGUCAAAUUGUAUAUUGGAAGCAUUUGGAAAUGCCAAAACAUCGAGAAAUGACAAUUCUAGCCGAUUUGGGAAACUGAUUGAGAUUCACUUCAGCACAACUGGGAAAAUUUGUGGUGCUAAGAUUCAAACUUUUCUGCUUGAGAAGUCAAGAGUGGUUCAGCUGGCUAAAGGAGAACGAUCAUAUCAUAUCUUCUAUCAACUCUGUGCUGGAGCUCCAGCCUCUCUUAAAGAGAGGUUGAACCUGAAAGCAGCCACUGGAUACAACUAUCUUAAACAGAGUGAUUGCUUGACAAUUGAUGAUGUUAAUGAUGCACAGAAAUUUCAUAUAUUAAUGGAAGCCUUAGAUAUUGUUCAAAUUCACAAAGAAGAUCAAGGGAAUAUAUUUGCAAUGCUUGCUGCAGUGCUAUGGCUGGGAAAUAUUACCUUUCAGAUAAUUGAUAAUGAAAAUCAUGUAGAUGUUGUCAUAGAUGAAGCGGUAACCUCUGCCGCCAAUUUGAUGGGUUGCAAAACCCAGGAUCUAAUACUAGCUUUAUCUUGUCGCAAGAUCCGAGCUGGAAAUGAUGAUAUUACUCAGAAGCUAACGUUGCAGCAGGCUAUUGAUGCAAGGGAUGCAUUGGCAAAGUCUAUCUAUUCAAGCUUGUUUGAUUGGCUUGUAGAACAAAUAAAUAGAUCCCUUGAAGUGGGUAAACAUUCCACUGGAAGAACAAUAAGUAUUUUAGAUAUCUAUGGGUUUGAGUCAUUUGAGAAGAAUAGCUUUGAACAAUUUUGUAUAAAUUAUGCAAAUGAGAGGCUGCAACAACAUUUCAAUAGGCAUCUUUUCAAACUGGAACAAGAGGAGUAUGCACAAGAUGGUAUUGAUUGGAAAAAGGUUGAUUUUGAAGAUAACCAGGAAUGUCUGAAUCUCUUUGAGAAGAGACCACUAGGGCUACUAUCACUAUUGGAUGAAGAAUCAACUUUUCCCAAAGCGACUGAUUUGACCUUUGCAAAUAAGCUUAAGCAGCAUUUGAAUGCUAACCCCUGCUUCAAAGGGGAAAGGGGUGGGGCUUUCCGUGUUUGUCAUUAUGCUGGAGAGGUUUUGUAUGACACAAGUGGCUUCCUGGAGAAGAACAGAGAUCCAUUGCACUCUGAUUCCAUCCAACUUCUCUUAUCAUGCAGUUGCCAACUAGCUCAGUUAUUUGCUUCUAACAUUCUUAAUCAAUCCCGCAAGCCAGAAGGUUCUUUGCGGCGGUUAGGUUCUUUUGAUUCCCAGAAGCGAAGUGUCGGAACAAAGUUUAAGGGUCAACUCUUUAAACUAAUGCAACAGUUGGAAAGCACCACUUCCCAUUUUAUUCGUUGCAUAAAACCAAACAGAAAGAAGCUUCCUGGUGUGUAUGAAAAGGAUAUGGUAUUGCAGCAGCUCAGAUGCUGUGGAGUCCUGGAGGUUGUGAGGAUCUCAAGAUUUGGGUAUCCAAUACGAAUGACACAUCAGCAGUUUGCUACAAGGUAUGGAUUUCUUCUAUUGGAGAAUGUUGUCUCUCAAGACCCAUUGAGUAUAUCAGUUUCCAUUCUUCAGCAAUUUAAUAUCCUUCCAGAUAUGUAUCAAGUUGGGUAUACAAAGUUAUUUUUUCGAACAGGGCAUACUGGUGUAUUAGAAGAUGCAAGAAAUCGAUUGUUGCAAGGGAUAGUCAUUGUUCAAAAAUUGUUCCGUGGUUGUCAAGCUCGUCGUUAUUUCCGAGAACUGAAUAGAGGAAUAAGUACCAUGCAAUCAUUUGUCAGGGGUGAAAAUGCAAGAAAGGAAUAUCAGGUUUUGGUAAAGAGGCAGAAAGCAGUUUUUCUCAUACAGAAGCAUUUGAGACGGAAGAUUGCUCUUAGAAAAAUCAAUGAUAAACAGAAGGCUGCCAUUCUUAUGCAGUCUGCAACUCGUGCUUGGCUGGCUAGAAGGCGCUUUAAUGAUAUGAAGAAUUUGGUAAACUCAAAUCUCAGUAAUGAAAAGCCUGAAGCUAAUCCAGAUAAGGAGAUUCCACAAAGGGAUGUUGAACAGGAGCAUGUUCAGGUUCAAUCUUCAGCUUUGGCGGAGCUCCAGAAACGAGUCCUGAAAGCAGAAGCAGCAUUGGCCCAAAAGGAAGAGGAAAAUGCUAAACUGCAGCUGCAACUUCAGCAAUAUGAGCAAAGGUGGUUGCACUAUGAGGCAAAGAUGAAAUCCAUGGAGGAAAUGUGGCAAAAGCAGAUCACAUCCUUACAGAUGAGCCUAGCUGCAGCCAAGAAGAGUCUUGUUGCAGAUGAAAUUGCAGGCCAACUUGGAAGGCCUGUUGCUUCACCAGUGCCUCACAAUAAUGGUUAUGAGGAAUCAAUGUCUGUGGGUACCCAAAAUCCAGAUGACACCAUGCGAAUCAUAUUACCUAACCCACUUUCCGGGUCUGGUAAUGUACCUGGGCGAGUGUCUGAUACUGGUCUCAUUGCAGUCAAUCAGCUGAGGAAGGAAUUUGAGAAACGGAAACAGGUCUUUGAUGAUGAUCUCGAGUGUAUUCUGGAGGUCAAAUCAGGACAGUCUACUUCCAAUAGGAACCCUGAUGAUGAACUUCGGAAGCUGAAGCUAAGAUUUAUGGCCUGGAAGAAAGACUACAAGAUUCGGUUAUGGGAGACAAAGGCAAUGUCCCACAAGCUUGGGAACUCAGAUAUGGAUAAGAAUCAUAAGAAAUGGUGGGGGAAGAAGGGUGUGAGAGGCACGUAGUAUAUUGAAUUCUUAAAAUUUAUUCCGUCUUUACUGGCCAUUUUUGAGUUAUUUAGCCUCGAGGUGGCCAGUGCUUCUCAUGCAAAACUGGGGGGAUACUGCAUUGCAGCAAGGGAGAAAGGAAAUAGGCAAAUAGCUCGAGCAGAAUUUGAAGAGAACAUUUAUGGGAAGGCCAUUUUUAUGGCAUUUCCAGUGCAGUUCCCACCCACCCAUUCCUGACUGCAUCUCGGGUGUUUCUGGUCUGUGAGAGUGUGGUUGGGUUGCAGGAGGGGCAGCCGUUGAGAAGAAGAUUGGAUAUCUAUCUAACAUUUUUUUUAUUUUGGAGGAAUCUUAUCCUUGUUUAUAGCCAAAAGGGCAUGCGAAAGGGUUUUUCCUUGUGUAAAUUCUGUUAUCGUUCAUGUAACCCCAAAGUAUAUAGCAUUUUCUUUUU